UUAGUCAUUUCUCUUAAUCAUUAAUUCUCUUGUCAUCACCUAUAUUACAAAUAUUCAUAAGAGCAUCGCCUCUGUGCCAUCCUGACACAGCUGGAAUGUAGUAUUUACUAGAGGAGGUGAAGCAGGAGCAUCAGGCAACAAGCGCCGACGUUAGUAACUCCCAGACACCAGAGGAGAGAAGAUAUUAUCAACAUUACUCUAGAGAGUAACCUACCAUUGAGAAGGCUUACCAUGGCUGGUGAUUUAGAGAAGACAGAGUUGGUGAUGCUGACUCCUGGUGACUUCGAGGAAGUGGCUCAGCUGAUUGAACGUCAUUUUCUCAAGAGAAACCCUCUUAAUAUUGCAGCCAAUGAAACAUCUGCGGAAUGCUUCGGGGAUUCCUUUGGCUUAGGAAUUAAAUCAUCUUUGGAGUCCGGGUUUUGUGUGGGCGCCCGGGAGAAGACCACCAAGAAAAUGGUGGGUCUGAAACUAGCCAGUGUGGGAAGAGUGGAUCAACUAUGUACACGAGAUACAGAAAGAUUGAGAGGGAAGAGUGUUGGGUUUCGUAUCUUGGCCAUGAUUAAUGUUGACGCUGAGAUGUUCCAACACGUCACUAGCGUCCUGUUUCUACUGUAUGUGUGUGUCCAUCCUCGCUACUGUGGUCGAGGCCUCGCACGCAUGAUGGUCCAGGUAAAGACGUGUCAAAUGAUGAUUAACACCGGCAUAUGCAGUAAUAAUAACAUUUUAUUAAGUAUGGCUAAGAAGCCACAAGUUAUUCUUACAUAAAUGACGUAAAUUAUUUUGCUUCACCUGUCAACGAGAGAAAAGUUGCGUUAAGAGACAUCAGUCCCCUUUCCCUACUUUCCCUACUUUCCCUACUUUCCCUACUUUCCCUACUUUCCCUACUUUCCCUACUUUCGUAAGGUGAAGUCCAGGAUCUUUCCUUAAUUCAAAUAAUUUAUUAAGUUAUACCAUGAAUUAAGUAAAGAUCCUGGACUUCACCUUACGAAAGUUCAGUUCCAUAGUCAG